AACCCGCCAGUACACCCACGAAAGAAGAAGAAGAAGACAUGCGCCAGUGGGCGGGGCUUUGUGAGUAUUCGUUUCCGGGGUCAGUUUAGAUUCAGAUGUGACGACUCACGUGUGUGAUUGUUUGGACGCGCUCGUAAAUCAGUGUUCGUUCAUCUCUUCUGCAGCUCAGUUAAAGUGUAAAGACAUCUGGAAAUCACACUGUUCCGAUCGGAUGGAGGACGCAGAGGUGACAGCAGUCUCACUCCCGGUUCUGGUCGGGGAAAAACGAUCCUGUUCAGACGAGGACCCUGAACCCGCAUCCAAAAAAGUUCGAGUUGAGGAAGAGGAGAGCAAAGGAAGAGAGGAUGAGAUUGAGGAGAGCAAAAGUAAGAAUGAAGAUGAGGAGGAGGAGCAGCUGUGUGAUGAGGAAGAGGAGCAGUUGGAUAAUUUUGCUGACAUGAUGAAGCAUGGCCUCAGUGAGUCAGAUGUGGGCAUUUACAAGUUCAUCAGUGAUCAUGAAGGAUUCUCGGGCAUUUUAAAGGAAAGAUACUCAGACUUUGUGGUCCAUGAGAUUAAUAAAGAUGGGAAGAUUGUUGCUUUGGAUGACCUGUCGGUUCCUGCUGACGUUGAGGAAAGCUCCAGCGACCUCAGUAACACCGAGUGUCCGGUUCUGACAGAAGAGCAGAAACUACAGCUGUCUGAACUUCAACUUUUCAAAAACAAAGAGGGAAAUGUGUCCAUCGAGGUGGUAGAAGACUCAAAGGAGAAUCGCACUUUACUGCACAAAGCUGUGAAGACUUUGUUUCCUGGCCUGGAAACCAAAACUGAAGAGAGAGAAGGAAAACGAUUCAUUGUGGCGUAUCACGCUGCCGGGAAGACGGCUCUGUCAGAGGUCAGAGUCUCAGCAGCCCCUAGAAAGCAUUCCUGGCCGAAGAAUCGAGGAAGUUUUUGUCAUUUCGUUCUCUAUAAAGAAAACAAAGACACCAUGGAUGCCAUCAACGUCCUCUCCAAGUUCCUCAGGGUUCGACCCAACAUGUUUUCCUACAUGGGCACUAAAGACAAGAGGGCCGUCACCGUUCAAGAGAUUGCAGUACUGAAAAUAAGCGCUGAAAGAUUAUCUCAUCUGAACAAGUGCCUCAUGAACUUGAAGCUGGGAAAUUUCAGCUAUAAGAGUCACCCAUUAAAACUGGGAGAGCUGCAGGGGAAUCACUUCACCGUCAUUCUCAGGAACAUUUCUGGCUCGCAGGAACAGGUGGAGCGUGCCAUGACCUCACUUAGGGACAGGGGUUUUAUUAACUACUACGGCAUGCAGCGUUUUGGGACCACGGCCGUCCCCACUCAACAGGUUGGCAGAGCAAUAUUACAGAACAACUGGAAGGAGGUGAUGGAUCUCAUCUUGAAACCUCGGGCUGGAGCUGAAAAAAGCUAUCUGGUGAAAUGUAGAGAAGAGUGGGCACGUUCACAAGACCCAGAAGCAGCUUUGAAGAAACUUCCGGUUAAACGUUGUGUUGAGGGGCAGUUACUGAGGGGUCUGGUGAAGUACGGCAUAAAAAACAUCAUCACAGCAUUCGGACUGAUCCCUCGUAACAAUCGGUUGAUGUACAUCCACAGUUAUCAGAGUUAUGUGUGGAACUUGAUGGUCAGCAAACGUGUGGAAGCGUUUGGUCUGAAAGCUGUGGGUGGAGAUUUGAUACUCAAAGGAGGCAGUGCUCACGUGCUGUCAGAUGAUGAAGCAGAGAAACGAUCUAUUCACGAUGUCGUGAUGCCACUUCCUGGGUUUGAUGUCAUUUACCCCACUCACAGCGUGGGCCAGUGCUACAAAGAGACGCUGGCGGCCGAUAACCUGGACAUCCACAACAUGAGGCACAAAGUUCGCGAUUAUUCUCUUGCUGGUGCUUAUCGACGAGUCGUCAUACGGCCCAGUGAUGUCAGCUGGGAGUUGAUUGAUUACGAUGAUCCACGCGUGAGUCUCGUUCACACAGAUGUUGAGAAGUUAGAGAACAGACCGGCUCCAGUCUACCUCAAAGAAGGGAAAUAUCGAGCUCUGAAGAUGGAGUUUUCACUGCCAUCCUCUACCUAUGCCACCAUGGCCAUCAGAGAAGUCCUGAAGAUGGACACCAGCAUCAAGAAUCAGACGAAACUCAACACCACCUGGUUUAACUGACCAAUCAGAUGCCAGCUGCCUGGAUCACAUACAUAAGGGCUUGAACAUCAUGUCGAGCUCAUGUAGUAUUGACUCUGUCUAACAUACAGCUUUAGUUCUUCACAAGCUACUUGGGGUUUUUCUUGUUUUUAAAAACUUGUUUUUUUUAUCAGUCAGAUUGUUUGCAGCUUGUUUCUUGAUUGGUUUUGGAGUCAGACUGUGGACUGAGGCAAUGAUUUAUUACUGUAACCUGUUUGACUUCUGCUCAAAACAUUUCACAGUGUAAAUAUUAUAUUCUUAAUAAACAAGCCACACAGA